AUGCAGUGGCCGGAGGUACCGCCGGGACUAGCAGCACCCUAUACAGCGCCGCUCAGUAGCGCCCCAUCGCCUCUCUUCGGCGUCAUCAUUCCCGGCUACCCCGUGCAGACUAAUGUCUCCCUGGUCGAUACCGGGCGGUGGACCGUCAACCUUGGCGUGGCACCGGAGAGCUUUGUCGUGUUUCUCACCAUGUCAGAACCGCUCCCGCCCGGCCACGGCAUCGGUCUCUUUCUCGCCCGCGAGGACACCAUGAGCUUUCAGUAUGUCGGCGCCCUCACCCAGCAGCAGGCAAGCUGCAUCGUUAAAGUGUCGGCCAUCUUUCUCAAUACCUCCGAACCAACCCGCGUCGUGCUGGGGUUAGCGCUGGAGCGGGAGGAGGAGCUGCAGAACCUCGGCCUCACGCAGGAGCAAGCGUUGCAACAGUCGCAGGUGGCCACCAAGGUUGCCAUCGCUGAGCGAAUUCUCGAGGAUCUAUACGGCUUUGUUGUGAGCUACGCCCGUACCAUCACCCUGGGCGUCGGUAGCGGCACCAGUGGCAUUAGUUCUAUCGAGCCUGGCGACUAUGUUGUGAUGCCAGCAUCUUUCGUGGACAAGUGGCGCGCGCGCCUACAGACGAAGAUAGCAAAGGAUAACGCCUUCUUGGCGUAG